AUGGUGGUGCCUUUGGUUAAUGAUGAUCCAAUGAUUGACAAUGAAACUGAAGAUUCGGUUGAGGUGCCGUCAGAUUCAGAUUCAGAAGAAGAUGUAAAAUUAGCUGAACCCUCAAAAACUGCAGUGAACAACAGAGAAGCGAUAUUAGAUAAACUUGGAGACAUAAGCUGGCCCGAGAAUGUGGAUUGGAAGCACAAGCUCUCCAUUGAUAUUGAUCAAGAGCAAGAAGUAGAUGUGAACGAUGACUUGGCUCGAGAGCUAUCGUUUUACACACAGGCAUUGGAGGGAACUAGGCAAGCCUUUGAGAAGCUUGAGUCAAUGGGUCUCCCUUUCUUGAGACCUGCCGAUUAUUACGCAGAAAUGGUGAAGGCAGAUAGUCAUAUGGAAAAGGUGAAAAGUCGGCUGUUAGAAGAGAAGCGGAAGAUGGAAGAGGCUGAUGAGAGAAGAAAGGCUAGGGAAGCAAAGAGAUUGUCCAAAGAGAUUCAGUCACAGAAAUUGAAAGAAAGGGCUAAGCAGAAAAAGGAAGACAUUGAGUCUGUUAAGAAGUGGAGGAAGCAGAGACAACAAAGCGGGUUUGCUGACGGCGGCGAUGGUCCAGAUAAGGCUUUGGGCUUUGAAGAUGGAAAAGUGUUUGAGAGAUCAAAGAAAAAAAGGCCCGGAGUGUCUCCAGGCGAUCGUUCAGGAGGUAAGGCAAAGCAAGCCUUUGGAAAGGGAUCGAAGAUGCAAAAGAAAAGAGAUACUAAGAAUUCCAAAUUUGGUUUUGGAGGCCGGAAGGGAUCAAAGAAGCAGAAUACAGCUGACACAACUAAUGAUUUUGGUGGAUUCAGUAAGGGUGCUGGUGCUGGAAAUAAGAAGAGGAAGAGAUAA